GUAACCUUACACAUCCUUUUUGAAAUAUGGAGGAUCUUAGGAUAUGUUGAUUUUGCUUUGGGAAAAAUACCCUUUGAUUCAAUUAGUUUUCCCCAAUUUUUUUUUCCAUCUCUCUCAUAUUAACUAUAGUAUGUCUUUCUUUUUCUAAUUGUGAUUCCCUCACAUUUUUACAUGUGGAAUCCCAGUCUUUGUGCCAUAUGGUGGACCAUUAGGGGUUUGCAGACAGAUUAAGAUAUCAGAUGGUAUGUGCUGUAUGGUCAAAGCCUUAAAGGUGUUUGAGCAUAUUUUUCUGCCCAACUUGAAUUGAUGGGAAAAGACCAACUCUUGGAGUCCAACUUGAUGCCGAAUUUUUAAGCAUCAUAUUCAAGCACUAGUUGGUAACUUGGAAUAUCAUGGCCUAACGGGGGAGAAUUGAAGAGUUUGUAAAAUGAACAAGAAUACAAGACAUCUAAGCCCGCUAAAAUGAAACAUAAUCCCAGAUCUCUGACAAACUCAAAUAUGUGCCCAGUUUGUAGUUUUGGGGGCCACUUUUUUCUGGGCUUUUUGCCCUUCCCUUUGUGCAAAAAGUAAAAUCCCAGCCAACAUCAGAUAUAGUCGUAGUAGUCCAUAUCUGCAGUGUAGCAAAGGGCCAGGCCUGGCUUCAGCAAUCCUUACUCCUUCGGCAUCCUUCGCGGGCAUCAAUAUAAGCUUUGGAUCUUUGCUGCAAGGCAGAGGCCAGGCCGACAAACAUCCCCAGAGUGAGCCAGCUGAUAGUCCAUAGCGGCAUACCGUUUCUUGCUGAAACCACGUGAUCUUUGCGGAAAUUGAGAAGAUGAAGCCACUCAGAUUCAACUUAAUCACGUGCAUGCACUCUCUCCCGGUUAGAUUGGAUCCAAACCACUUUGUAAGAUAGCGGGAAGAAUUCUUCUAAGCACCUCCCAGCUGUUGCAUGGGCAUGCACGUGUCCAAACGGAACUCCACGUAAUGUAACUUUCCAAUCUCAUCACCACCAUUCUUCUAUAUAGUCAAGACUUAGAGAGUGUUCACUACUCAGAUUCUCAUCUCUUUCUCUUGAUACAAUGCUGAAGGGAACCUUCAAUUUCCCAUUUUCUUGUCUCACAGUUUUAUGUGUUCUUAGUCUGUUUCAGGUCAGUGCUAAAGCUUCGCAUGGAAAUGCUUCCGCUGUGGGGCAUUGGGUGCAGAAACAUGAGAGGACGCCCUUAAUUGGGACAGAAUAUGGAGAAAUCUCAGCCGUUAAAUUCACUGAUGGAACAAGAGGUCCAUACCAUCUGCAAUUCAUCACCCUGGAGCCAAGCUCCCUUUUUCUUCCAGUGCUGCUGCAUGCAGAGAUGGUUUUUUAUGUCCACACAGGGAGUGGAACAUUGAGUUGGACUGAUGAUAAUGAGAUAAGGAACGUGAACAUCAGGAAAGGAGAUAUAUAUAGGCUGCAUCCAGGGUCAGUUUUCUAUAUACAGAGCAGCUUAAAACCUGAACGAGAGAAGCUUAGAAUUCAUGCAAUCUUCUCUAAUACAGAAGAUGACAUAAAUGAGCCAUGGGUCGGGGCAUACUCAAGCAUUACUGAUUUGGUCCUUGGCUUUGAUUCGAGAGUCCUCCAAGCAGCUUUUAAGGUACCUGAGGAUGUGAUAGAAGAAGUGAUGAAAGCAACCAAACCACCAGGAAUAAUUCAUGCAGUGCAAAAGAAAAAGAACUGCGAAUGGCAAGCUCGACUCUUGAAAGCCUUUCCAUGGAGAAACAGGGAUGGCUUCGAUUCUAUCAACGGCAAGAAGAAGAGAACAAAAGCAUAUAAUGUUCUUGAAGCAGAUCCAGAUUUCAAGAAUUGUAAUGGCUGGAGCCUUACAGUGGACAGACAUGACUUGCGUUUGUUAAGAGAUUCCAACAUUGGAGUUUUCAUGGUGAACUUGACCAAGGGUUCGAUGAUGGGACCACACUGGAAUCCAAGAGCUUCUGAGAUAGCAAUAGUGUUGCAAGGUCAAGGUAUGGUUCGGGUGGUUUGCCCUGGCAAUGCCAGUGCACCCGAGUGCAAAAGCGUGAGGUUUAGAGUCAAGGAAGGAGAUGUGUUUGCUGCACGAAAGUUCCAUCCAAUGGCUCAGAUGUCUUUCAACAAUGAUUCGUUUGUUUUCAUGGGGUUCAGCACAUCAACAAUGAGAAACUAUCCUCAAUUUCUAGCAGGGAAGAGCUCUGUCCUGCAGGUCCUGGAUAGACAGAUCUUGGCUGUGUCAUUCAAUGUCACAAACACAACAAUUCAUCAGCUUUUAACCCCACAGAAAGAAUCAGUCAUAUUAGACUGUACUUCUUGUGCUGAGGAAGAGGAAAGCAUAAUGGAGGAGGAAAUUGAAAGGGAAAGAAAGCAAGAGGAAGAAGCCAGGAAGAAAGAGGAGGAAGAAGAAGCUAGAAAGAGAGAAGAAGAAGAAGCCAAGAAAAGGGAGGAAGAAGAAGCCAAGAAAAGGGAGGAAGAGGAAGCCAGAAAAAGAGAAGAAGAAGAAGCCAAGAAGAGAGAGGAAGAGGAAGCCAGAAGAAAAGAAGAAGAAGAAGAAAAAGAAGCCAAGAAGAGAAGAGAAGAAGAAGCAAGGAAAGAGCAAGAAGAAGCCCGAAGACAGGAAGAAGAAAGGCAAAGAAGGGCGAGGCAAGAGGAAGAAGAGAAGGAAAAACUGGAAGGCGAAACGAAACAGGAAAUGAAAGAAAGACGAAGAAAGGAAGAAAAAGAGCAAGAAGAACCUAAGAGGAGGAAAGGAGAAAAGACGCGGCACGAGGAAAGGAGUAAGCGAGAAGAAGCUGCAGCUAGGGAGCAAGAGGGCAGGAGACAGGAAAAAGAAAGACAAAGGAGAGCAGAACAAGAGGAAGAGGAGGCCAGGAGGGAGAGGGAGAAGCAAGGAAGAGAACCAGGAGAAGGUGAAGAUGAGGGUGAAAGAACAGUUCUGAAGAAAGUGUGGAAGAUUUAAUCCCAUCCGUUGUUGGAUUUUCUAGUCCUUGGUUUUGCACGAGUAGUGAACAUAAGGCCCUCCUACUAUGCUA